UUGUAGUAUCAGACAAUGUGAUUUCCUUUCCCUUGGUCGAUUCAUUGAUAAAGAAGACGAGGCCCCUUCUGUGAAUAGAUUUGGUUUUCUGGAUCAUUCCGUUUUGUAGGGGGUUCUCAGUGAUUAUUUGUUCUGCUUGGUUGACUCUUAACCUGAGUUCGUUGUGUUUCUCUUGGUCACUUACACCAGUCUUCGCAUCACCACUUAUACAAGUCCACUCAUUUAUCUACCCGCGGCUUUAUAGCCUUGAAACAAACCCAGUUGCCAGCCAUGGACGUUGUCCUCGAGGUCGUCGAUACAUUUAUCGCCGAUUACGCAUACGCCUACUUUCACCCAAAGCCUCCGGCUCCUUAUGAUUUCCCAUCGCCCUCAAACUCGACAGAUACGUCGGCCAAGGCCUUCUCAACAUGGACUUACAAGCCAGCCACUCAAUUCAUCACGUUUGAGCCAGCAGAGGAGGCAUACAUGAGCGCUUGGGAUCGUGACAAUCCUCUUCGACAAGCUCUGACUCUAUAUCUCAUCACUUGGAUCUUUGGGCUUCUCGUCUACUUCAUCGUCGCGACACUCUCGUACAUCUUCAUCUUCGACAAGCGAACAUUUGACCAUCCUCGCUUCAUCAAGAACCAAGUCCGCCUUGAGAUCAUUGCAGCCAACAAGGCCAUGCCCGUCAUGGCCAUCAUCACGGCACCCUUCUUCCUCCUUGAAGUGCGCGGAUACGGCAAACUCUACGACACCACCGAAGAUGGACCCGGGCUCUGGUACGACUUCUUCCAGUUCCCGCUCUUCCUCCUUUUUACCGACUUCUGUAUAUACUGGGCUCAUCGCUGGCUUCACCACCGCCUGGUCUACAAGUACCUGCACAAGCUUCAUCACAAGUGGAUCAUGCCUACGCCCUUUGCUAGCCAUGCUUUCCACCCCCUCGAUGGCUUCACCCAGUCAUUGCCAUACCACAUCUUCCCCUUUAUCUUCCCGCUCCAGAAGAUGGCAUAUGUGGCGCUCUUCGUGUUCGUGAACCUCUGGUCUGUCAUGAUCCAUGAUGGUGAGUAUCUCACCAACAACCCCGUUGUCAACGGCGCUGCUUGCCACUCUCUUCACCACUCCCGCUUUGAGGUCAAUUACGGCCAGUUCUUCACUGGCUUCGACCGUAUGGGCGGAACAUAUCUCAUGCCUGAGCAGUGGAUGUUCGAGCGUAAUAUAAAGAUGUCAGAGGGUCGAUGGAAGAAGGAGAUUGAGAAGGUCGAUGAGCUUAUUGAAGAGAUUGAAGGUCAAGACAACCGUACAUACGGUUCGUCUAGCACCAAGAAGACUCAAUAGAUGUGCUUCUGGCUAGCCCUCAAGUCCAUUGCCAGUUUCUGGCAAACCGGAUUUGGGCACUUUCAUGCAUCAAGACCAAAUCUUGGGCGCUCUCGUCAGCAGAACAGGCACUUGUCACUAAGCGUCAGUAAAUGACCAUGCCAGUUGACAAGUUUGCCCGUCCCCCGGUCUAGCGUUGGGCAUUCUUUGUAUAUACACUUCGACCUUUGUAUGGUAUUCACUCACUCAUGGCGUUUGGCGGAGAUCACGAUGAUAUGAUGAAUUCAUCGAUUGCAUAUUUGGUACUAGCAAAUAAGAAAAGUACAAUAGCUGACUGGGCAGACGGAGCCUACUCAGUUAAUAACCAUUUCGCAUCCCACCUUAACUCCUUGCCUUACAGAUCAUAAGUGAAGUGCAGGCUGCUGAUAUCAAAUCCUGUAUUGAACAAUCCGAAAACGCUGCCGAAACUUAGAGGAAUAAGGAAAGCGCAUAACAAAUCAGGGAAACCAAAAAUAGGUAUAGGAAAUUGCAUCUGGUGUGCCAACGUAAAAAGUGUUUCGAGUCAAGCAAUCUAUCGCUUCGACAUAGUGUAGUUUUGGAAUGAUGCGGGAGCAUCAAAUUUUGCAGAGUAGGAAUAAUAAUAUUCGGAGAGUCGACUUCGUAGUCGAAUAUCGUCGUUUGCUACGUUUCUCG